UUCAACAUGGCAGACGGAGCAGUGCAUGAAGAUUUCUUGAAGUUCACACUGGUCCAUGGGUCAAAUAAAUACCCGGUUGAAUUACAGACGGAUAGCAGCAAUGACGGACCCACAGUUGAAGAUUUAGCAAACCUUGCAGCUCGACUCACUGAUGUACCUAGAGGAUCACAGAGGCUCAUUUUUAAAGGGCAGUCAUUGACAGAUCUCAGUCAAUCACUAAAAUCUCUGAAAGUGAAGAAUGGAAGUAAAGUUAUGUUAAUCGGCAAAAAGUUUAAUCCUUUAGAAGAAGAGAAUAUGAAAGCUGUAUUAGCUGCUGAAAAGAAGACUGAUGAUAUAGAGAAAAGACUUACUGAGAAUGUGGAAGAACUCCAAGGAGUAGAAAAGGGAUUUCUUCAAACUGAACUAGUCAACCAGACCCUGGAUAAGCUAACAAGGAAAAUACAGGGAAUAACUGAGGACUUCAUGAAAACUCUUGAGAGUUUGGACUCCUUGCUCAUAGAUUCCAGCCUGCAACAAGCCAAGGCAAAAAAGAAAUCUCUUGUUCAACGAAUUCAGGUCUUAUUGGACAAGAGUGAUGGAAUAUCAAUCAGGAUAGAAUCUCUUAAGAAGAAUUCUUAGACAGAAAAUAGGAGAAAUAAUUUUAGUUUGUGUCAUUCUCAUGGUCAGUGAAAAUGAGAGAAGGAGACUGUGUGCGAAGAACAGCAUGGGCUGUGGCAGUUUCCCUGACAACCCCAACAGCUGUUUGUAGCUUACCAGCUUUCUUACUCACCUUCACUACCAAAGGGCCUGUUACAGAAAUUAUUUAAUAAGAUAGUAAAUAUUUCUAAGAUUGUCUGUAUUUAUACCAUUAUUAUCAUCAAGAGAAAUGCAUUUCUAUCAUCUGUUUUUAUAAGUAGAUAAAGGGGGUAAGUUUCUAAAGAAACUGUGGUGCUAUAUCUGUGGAAGAGUAUAACAGGGUAAUUUAGUAUUAUAAAGAGUUUCAAAGCUGAUGUUUCCAGCAUUAGCCCUUUGUCUGAGUGAUUGGCAUAGGGUUAUGCUUUAACGAAGGGCUACCACUCAAAAUGUCAGCUUUUAAACUCUUUACGUUGGCCUGUUUGUAUAAGCAAUCCACUUUGUUUGUAAAUAUGCUUAGGAAAAGAAAACUGUACAGGAACAAAUAUAGGGGGCUUCAAAAUCCUCUUGUCUCUGCUUAU